GUUUAUGUUACUUUUUGAAGUCAUAUAUAGAUGUGCUUACAGUCUUUAUAGUUGGUAACAAAUAUUGUUAAAUAUAUAAAGUCUAACAGUAUUCAAUUAUUUUAUUGUGUAUAGACGGAUCUGAGACAAUGAAGUGUCGGCGGUUAUGAAAACUAGUUUUGACAAUGACUCCGUGUUUCUAAAACAAGUUUUUAAAUAAAGGAACAGCAUGUCACAGCGGAGGGUUUCCCAUUCCCAAUCCCGCCCUUCAACGAGCCGGCAGGUAAUUGAGGAUGAUGAGGAGGAUCUGUCCUUCACUCUACCCAGCUCCUCUCAAGUGCAGAGAGGGAUGGAUCGCCUCACAUCAGCUGAGGUGGACAGAAAGAUAGCUGAGGUGGUCCAGUUUAUUCUUAUCAAGGAUCAGAAAAAGAUUCCCAUCAAGAGAGCAGACAUUAUAAAGAAUGUUAUCAAGGAGAACAGGAAUAUCUAUCCAGAGAUCAUGAAGAAGGUUAACGUGACCUUUGAAAAGGUGUUUGGACUGAAGCUGGUGGAGAUUGAUGUCAAGAAUCAUGCUUUUAUCCUAGUCAAUAACCUGGAGCAAGUCACAGACCAGCUGGCCAGCAUGAACCCAGCUCACCCUAAGACAGGACUGCUGUUCGUCAUCCUGAGCGUCAUUUUCAUGAAGGGUGGAGCCGUCAAGGAGGCCGUAGUGUGGAACACCCUAAAGAAGCUGAGAGUGGAUACUGGGGAGAGGCAUGAGGAGUUUGGAGAUGUGAAGAAGCUGCUCACAGAUGAAUUUGUCAGACAGAAGUACCUGGAGUACGUGCGUAUCCCCCACACCGACCCCCCGGAGCAUGAGUUCCGUUGGGGCUUACGGGCCGAAAGAGAGGUCUCUAAGACACAGCUGUUGAAGUUUGUGGCCCAGCUUCAUGAGAAGGAGCCUCAGAACUGGCCCAAGCAGUACAAGGAAGCCAUGACCUCUGAUGCAAGGAGCAGCCAGGUGUUGUGACUGUGGGGGAGGGAGGGCCCCUGCCCGCGGGGGAGGCCCGCUGAGCGGCUCGGGCCCCUGCCCAUGGGGGAGGCCCGCUGAGCGGCUCGGGCCCCUGCCCAUGGGGGAGGCCCGCUGAGCGGCUCGGGCCCCUGCCCAUGGGGGAGGCCCGCUGAGCGGCUCGGGCCCCUUCCUGCAGGAACCCUGAUGACUUACCUCUGUUCUGUAUCUCUGAAUUUGUAAGCUUUUAUAUAUAAUUUAAUAAAUUGUUACCUUCGUGGCUCUUUACAAACAUGAAUGGUACUUGACUGGCACUUCUGAGUCAACCCUGAAGUUACUUAGAAGCCCAUUUUAAAGUUUUUGGUGGUUUUGCAGUUCACCAACCCAUUUCUGCCCCUUGCAGUGCUUUCUAUUAAGGGCAGUACUAAAGGUGGCUGUAUACUUUACACAAAAUUUACAGAAUCAGUGAUUUAGCAAAAAGUGACGUCAUAAGUGCCAUAAUCACUGCAGUGAUCCCGGUUUCAGCACACUGCCGGCGCGGGGUCCCCGAGACACUUUUCUUUAUUCUGAUCCCACCCACUCUGACUGGCUGACAUAAGUGUGGUGUCGCACGGUUGGUCAGCAGGACUAAUUAUGCAGUUACCACUGUGCUUUGCACUGCACUUUAAAUACUGUAGAUUAAUGUGUAUUCAUGUAUUUCUGUCAAGAGAACAUGUCCUAAUGAUAUAUCUGCUGUGAGCAUGUAGCCUUGUCGUUUAAAUCGUUGGCUUUCCUGUUCGUGCCACUUAGCAUUAAACAAAUAGUGGCUGUAAAAAAGGAGAGAAAAACA